ACUUGCUCUGUGCUUGCUUCCUUACUGUAAAAUUUUAAAAUUUUGGAGAAAUGGAUGAAGCUGCGUUAAAUGUUGCCAUGAACGUGGCCGUCAUGGCUACUCAAGUUGUUGAAGAGGAUGACGCUGAUGAUGAUGCAGUGUAUUUAUUGGCUAUUAGAAUAGCAACAGAAGAAGUAGAAGAGGUUAUGGCUCUGGAAGAGGGACAGGGCUUAGCCGAUUUAGGGGGUGAAUCCUGGACAUACAUUACCGUCGACAUAAACGAAUACCACGAUAUGCCAGACCGAGUGUUCAGACUUCAUUUCCGAAUGGGGAAAGUGGUGUUUGAGGCUCUCUGUGACACCUUGCACCAGUACCUGAGAGACACAGGCAGGUUGAGGAGAGAAAGACGGCCAUUUAGAGAUGUUGUUUUGAUGGUGCUGUGGAUUUUAGCAACACCUGAUUCCUUUAGGAGCGUUGCAUUGAGAUUUGGAGUGUCACCAGGAACUUUGUAUUACUUCUAUGGCUACAUUAUAGAAGCUCUGAGGGAACUUGCACCACACUAUAUCCAAUGGCCAGAUAAUGAAGAUCGAGAAAGAAUAAGAACAACAUUCGAGGAAGCAUCUGGUUUUCCAGGAGUUGUAGGUUCAAUAGAUUGUACACAUGUAUAUGUAACAGCCCCAGUGAAUGAUCCUGCAUCGUACAGAAACAGACAUCAUACGUACAGCCAUAAUGUACAAGUUGUUGUAGAUUGUGACCUCCUUGUUCGAGAUAUUCAUGUGGGAGAGGUGGGCAGCAUGAACGACAAGCGUGUAUUUAGAAGGAGCCCUCUAAGUGAAAGUCUUCUGCGAGAAGAAGGAUUGACUCCUCCUGAUGAACAUUUAGUGGGUGAUGGAGGCUACACUCUGACAUAUUAUAUGAUGAUACCAUUUUUAAAUAAUGGACACCUGACAGAACAACAGCUUAACUUCAAUAAGAGAUUGUCCCAAUGUAGAGUUCGAGUUGAGAACGCUUUUGCACGUGGUAAGGAGAAGUGGAGACGAUUAAAAUUUCUACACGCCAGGAACCAAAACAUUGUGGUUGACCACAUCACAGCUUGUUUUGUGUUACACAAUUUCAUCAUCCUGAAUGGAGAACAAGCAUUGCGAGGAGAAGAAUUAGCACAGCCGAUCAAUAACAACCAAAUCCUCGGCAAUAGGCAAAACAACAACAACAAUGUCAAUGAUGAAGAAGACGAAGACCCUGAUGGCUUUGAAAGACGUGAGUUGUUUGAAAGGGCCAAAGAACUUGGAUUAGAGAAACGCCUAUUCCUGAUGCAACAUGUCUUGCCAGACGGUGAAUGAUUUUGUAUAGAUUUUCCUUUUCAACUGCCAAACUAUUACUGUGAUUGUAAUG